GCUGGAAUGUCCAUUAUGAGAGAAAAUACUGCUAGUAGACGGGGUCAAGCAUAUAUCAUCUGCAUGCCUGCGAUGGACGAAGCAAGGUAUUGAGAUGACAGUCUUCUGAGCACUGUCAUCCGAGGUCUGCCCACUCUGCUUAUCAUGCGCAACACAGCAUCAAUCGCAGAAGCAUCUCUGAGCGUCGUUCGAAUGCCAUAGGGCUUCGGUAGAUUAACCGGAAAUGUGGCUUCGCUUGCAAAAAUCGGCUAUUGCGGUUGGCUUCGACUUGGUUUAUCCUACCCGAUUAAAUUUAAUCGGGGCUGGUGUGAUUAGCGUUCAUGCGACUAGUCUGCAGGACACCUGGCCACGGCCUUGGCACCGACAGACCCCAUGAAGAGCAGGAAUGACUUCGCCGACUUGGUCAACCAAGCUCACCGACCACCUCCGUAUGUCAUUAUCCCAAAUAAAGAGCGCAACCGCCCAACAGGCCGAGGCGCUGAGUCUGCUCUGGGACUCUGUGGAAUGGCCAUUGACGCGAAAUGAGGUGCUCCUCGUCGUCGACGCGUGGCACGUCGAAUACAUCGAGGCCGAGGACGGCGGUGGCAUCGUCUCUUCGAUCUCAACGACGGACGUCAACCUGUUUGUGGGCGUCAGUUUCGUCGCAACCCGUCCCGACCGCCAGCGGCAGGGACUGGCGACGAGGCUUUUGAAGCACGUCCAGGCCCGGUUUCGAGACAGCAAGCCCCUUGCUUUGAUGGCUUCAGAGGCUGGGCUCGGCCUGUAUCUUGAACUAGGCUUCAGGCGGGUGAGGACCGCGCACAAGUUCGAGCUCACGGACGUCACGGGCCAUCGGCUCUCUACGAUCGCGCAAGCUGACGAUAUCACGUACUCGCUGGCCCGAACCGACGUUGACUUUGCACAGAUGGUCGAGCAGACCAGAAUUGCAUCUGGCGGUGCCGACCUCUCUCGCUUCUAUACCACGUUUCUCAGACCGAGUGCCGGCCAGAAAGAUCGGCUGCCGCACAGCUACCUGGCCAAGCGGGGCGAUGAAGUUGUCGGCUUCGGCUCCUUCUAUCGCCUCUUUGACAACCUCUGGCUUGGGCCGCUGAUCUGUCAGAAAGCUGCGGUAGCACAGGGUAUUGUCUCCCGCCUCAUUGCGCUUCGCAACGAAGAGCAGCCCGAGGUGCAGGUCAACAUACACUGCUUGGAGCCCGUCUCGUCUGAGUGGGCAGACUGGCUCGUCGAGCAAGGCUUUCGUCUCGCUAGCGACUGGCCCAUCCUCCAGCACCCGGCCGCGAAGCCGAUCUUUGACGGCUACGACAUGGCGCGAUACUAUGCGAUCCAUGACCCAGUCAACAUGUAGUUUACAGUAGACGCCGCCAAUGAUGGCUGGAAAUACCAUGCCGUAUCUCCUCUAUCCUAGCCUGACGUCAGCUUGCCGCAUGCUCUUUUAGUCGUGGUGCCAGGCGACGGGCGCAUUGCGUCAAAGAUGGGGGGACAGCGUGCAUGGAGGACGGCGAUGAAGUCGGCGAAGCACGUGGUGCAAUGGAGGAGUGUUGAGGUGUGCCAAUGUUCAAGGCUCCCCGGCGAACCACACAACCAGCUCAUCCAGUGCUUGUCCAGGAGAGAAGAGCCCUUGUCGGAGGGGAAGAAGAUAGGCAAUGAUACCUCCACUUGUUUAGUGUGUCUCUGCACGAGCGAGAGG